UUUUUGCCAAUUAUUAACUAGUAGGACGAAUCGUAAGUUUUUGUUCAAGGGGACGAAUCCAAGGGGAACGACACGGCGGGCCAAAUGGGACAUCACAGGAAAUCUAACAGUCUCGUCACACUCUCUCGUUUUUCCUCUCUUUCAUUUAUUUACUCUCUCGUUUUUAUCAUUGCUCUCUACUUUAGGUUACCGGUUUCGAACUCCAAUAUCUCGAAAAUUACAGAUCCGAUUCGAAUUCUGUCAGACUAGUUUUAAAGUUUCCAUUCUCUUCUUUCUAAUA